GGAGAGAAGGUGGGAGAACAGAGCCGGGGCCAGAUCCCAAAGGACCCAGACCCCCAGGUUGAGAGGUAAAACUUUCUCCUGAGGGCACUGGGGAGCCACGGAAGGCUUGUGAACAAGAGCAGCCCUGGGACCAUGUACAGGAUGAACCAGAGGGGAGAGACUGGAGGCCAGGGAGGAGGUUGAAGUGAUGGCGCAGGGAAAGAAGAGGGCUGAGCUGGGGCUAGGCGGUCUGGAGAAGGAGGCUGCUUACGAGUUCACCAUAUGGAGAAGGUCGGGUGGAUGACAUUCAGAGUCAUAAUGGAGGUCAGUGGAAGACAGGGCUGGCCUUGAGUGCCAGGAAGAAGCACUUGGCCUUGAUCCUGAGGGCUUUGAGAAAACGACAGGGUCAGAUCUGUGUACUAGAAAGAUCUUGCUGCAGUCCAUUUGAGGGGACAGCAAUGGGCAGGGAGGAGGAGAGACUGGAGGUCCCCGGAGAAAUGAGGGGAGCAGACAGGCCCAGCUGGGCAAGCCCCAGGCUUCUGCAUGCUUUCUGGGCUGCUCCCACAGACGUGCACCAAGCACGAUCCCUAACUGAUGUACACGCCUCUACCCCCAAGUCCCAGGGCUGUCCUGUCCUCAGAGAAAUCUUCUUUCCCUACAACCUCCACCGUAUCAUCCGUGAGGAAGGCAAAAUAACCUCUAAGCCAGGGGUCCUCCCAGGAAGGGAAGUGGGACAGGUAGGGGCUCUCAGAGACAGAGAGAGGGAAAAGACAGCCCUACAUGGGGGCUGGAUUUAGAAGCAGAGAAAUAUUUGGGAACAGAAGGAGAAUCAGAGACAACAAUUCAUUUGUUUCGAUAUUUAUUGCAACCUUAUUUUUGCCCAGUGCAGCGUAGAACGAAAUCAAACGUUAUUAAACAGAGCAACCUCAUCCUAGGAGAUGUUCAAAGUCAAUCGUGUGUCAUUCUGCGAUGGGAGAGUUAUGUGGUCCAAAGACAGAGGGAGUAAUUUAAAAGAACGGAGUCCCUCAGUUGCAAAGAUCUUCAGAUUUGGAGGAAAAGCACAUGUCUUAAGAACCAAAGCAAGAGACAGUCUCCUGAGUUCAGCUUGGAAAACGUCAUUGGUCUGUGAUUUUUAAGUUGGUGUCAUACUAAAUUUAUAGCCAGUGUUGGGAUACUUGAAAGAAUAUCAAGUUGAUCAUAUUUACACGUGUAAUAUGCAUAGAUGUAUAAAUUUACCUAAAUGUUCUGGGAGGUUUGUCUAAAAACUGAAGGGCUUCCAGAAGAGAUUGAAUGUGUUGGUUUUAGAAAGGUAGUUUAGGGACGCCUGGGUGGCUCAGUCGGUUAAGCAACUGCUUUCGGCUCAAGUCAUGAUCUCGGGGUCCUGGGAUCGAGCCCUGCAUUGGGCUCCCUGCUCAGCAGGGAGUCCGCUUCUUCCUCUGCCCUUCACCUUGCUUGUUCCCUCUCUCUCUUUCAAAUAAAUAAAUACAAUCUUUUUAAAAAAUAGAAAUGUAGUUUAAAAUGUUUGAAGAUACUUAAUUAACUGAGUUUGUAAAUGAGACCAAACAUUAUUGUGAAGACCUAUCUGGAAUAAAGAGGCAUAUCUAGAAUUAAAAGGGUUGUAAGCCAACCUUGAAAGAUUAAGGAAGAAGUGGGUUGCUGGAUUUGUCACUUCCAUGUGUGCAAUAUGAAUCGCAGUAAUCAAAACAAACUUCAGAACAGUUUUUUUCCCCUGUACCCUGAAGCCAGGAUCAAAGGCUCUAAAACCUUUGGUUCAGCAGGUACCAGUUUACAGAAGUGAGCAAUUCAGCUCGGUUCUGCCCCCAAGGAAUGUGAGUUCCACGAGGACAGCAGCAUCUCCAGGAGUCCAUUUUGUUCAUGGGUGGACCUCAGUCUGGCUCGCAGGGGCUGCUCAGGACAUAGCUGUUAAGUGCAGUGGCCAUGGCUCCAGCAGGACACUCCUGGAUGUGGAUGGUCGGUGCCCUGAUCACAGCCCUGAUUCUGGGGGUGACAGAGCCUGUUCUUGCAAAUGAUGUUACCUCCUGCAACAACCCCUCCGACACUGGGUCCUCUGGAAGCACCCGGGACACUGGAGCUGGGGCCCAGGAGGACACCAGGGCAGACGAAGGAAGCAGCAGCAGCCGCAUUGUGAAUGGGACCGACUGCGAGAUGCACGCCCAGCCGUGGCAGGGUGCGCUGUUGCUGCCGGCCAGCCAACUCUACUGUGGGGCCGUGCUGGUGAAUCCGCAGUGGCUGCUCACAGCGGCCCACUGCCGGAAGCCAUUUUACAGAAUUCGUCUUGGACACCAUUCCUUGUCGCCCGUUUAUGAAACUGGGCAGCAGUUGUUCAAAGGGAUCAAAUCUAUCCCACAUCCUGGCUAUUCCCAUCCUGGCCACUCCAAUGACCUCAUGCUCAUCAAACUGAACAGAAGAAUCCGUCAGACUCAGGCUGUUAAGCCCAUCAACAUCUCCUCCCACUGUCCCACUGCUGGGACCAGCUGCUUGGUUUCUGGCUGGGGAACAACCAGCAGCCCCCACGUUAAAUUCCCCAAGGUCCUCCAGUGCUUGAACAUCACUGUGCUAAGUACCAACAGGUGUAAAGAGGCUUAUCCAGGACAGAUAGAUUCCACUAUGUUCUGCGCUGGUGAUGAGGCGGGCAGAGAUUCCUGCCAGGGUGAUUCCGGGGGGCCUGUGAUCUGCAAUGGCUCCCUACAGGGCCUCGUGUCCUGGGGAGACUUUCCCUGUGCCCAGCCCAACAGACCUGGCGUCUACACCAACCUCUGCCAAUUCACUAAGUGGAUCAAGGACACCAUCCAGUCCAACUCAUGAGGCAUCCCAGGACCUGGCAUUCUGGUGUGCCCCACCCUCUGCUGUCCUCACUCCUGCAGGAACCGUGACACUCUUUCCCUGUUCCUUCCUGAGGAUGUUGGGGUUGUUAAUCUCUCCAGCCCCUCCCCAAGUCUCCUGGAAUCAGGGUCCCCCUUCCCAGCCCUGGGCUGACCCUAUCUUUCCAGUCAGGUCCUAGAGAGAGUUUCCCAGAAUGACCAAGGUGAGGGCUGCACCUCAGUCUCCUCCAUGCUUCCUUCCUCAGGCCCAGAGACUGUCCUUGUUCUGCAGCUAUGACCCAAAUUUGGUCCCAGAAAUAAAGCAUCUGAGGAGAAGUGAGCUCCGUAUGUGGUGUCCCCCACUCACUGAAUGACUAGGCAGCCAGGAGCAAGUCACUUCUCCCCUCUGCACCAUUGUGUUUGCUCUUUGGGGGUAUUUCACUUGCAAGAGACAGAGAUCCACUCAAGCUGCUUUGCAUUUUCUUUCUUUCUUUCUUUCUUUUUUAAGAUUUUAUUUAUUUUUUGAGAGAGAGAGGGAACACAAGCAGGGGAGAGGGAGAAGCAGGCUUCCUGCAGAGCAGGGAGCCCGAUGCGGGGCUCGAUCCCAGGGUCCUGAGAUCAUGACCUGAGCCAAAGGCAGACGCUUAACGACUGAACCACCCAGGUGCCCCUGCUUUACAUUUUCUUCACAAAUAUUGAUCGAGUGAGUAUUUUGUGCCAGGAAGUUUUCAGAUGCUGAGAUACUACAACAGGCAAAAAAGAACAAUUUCCUGCCUCACAAGGCUCCCGUUCUCCUAGGGGAAGGCAGACAGUAAAGAGGUAGAUGGAUACAUUACCUAUGAUAUGAAUAAAAUGAGCACAGAGCAGGAGGAAAGAGGACUGUUGUGGGGAGUGGACCGAUUUAUAUCAGAUAGUCAAGGAGGGUGUGGGAGGGUGGUAUAAUGCCUCACCCGCACCUCCAAGAUGUCCACAGCCUAAUCCCUGGAGCCUGGGAAUAUGUGGGUUUAUAUGGCAAUGAGACCUCACAGUUGUGAUUAAGGAUCUUGAGGUGGUGAGAAGAUCCUGGAUUUUCUGGGUGAAACCAUUGUAAUCCUAAGGGUCCUUAUAAGAAGGAGUUGGGGUGGGGGGCACCUGGGUGGCUCAGUUGGUUAAAUGUCUGCCUUCCACUCAGGUCAUGAUCUCUCUCCUCCCUGCUCGUGAUCUC